GAAAAGGACUUCCCAGCCAGAGAAACCAUGACUUUCUUUAAUCAUGGCGACCCCAAUAGUGGAGUCAAACAGUCGCCCACAGAUCACAGAUAGCAUUAUAUAGCAAAAACAACAAAGCCCCAAAACGCAAUCGCUCCAAACGCAAAACGGUGCCGAAAACCCCCCAAGUUCACAGCUUCGUCUUCAGACCGGUCACGCCUGCACGAACCUGCCAUGCUUGCACCACUCGAAUCGUGACCCGCAUCAGAUCUGCCACACUUGUUCAGUUAUACUGGACUCGCAUCACACCGUCUUGAAGCCUGUACCGAUGCAAACUGCAACCCAGAUCCAUACCACCACCGCACACCUGUCUGCCAGCUGCUCUCGCCCACAUCAGACCUGCUACGCACCACCACCAUCCUCACGAUCUGCGUCUCUUGCUGCUGCAACCAAACCACCACCGCUGCUGCCUGUUUCUUCUGUUGAUUUUUCUUGCUGCCAAGUUGCAUCUGCUGUGCCUUGUUGAUCUGACUAUUGCAUCUAGUGAUAAAUGCAGGAUCCGAAGAUGUCGCUGGCCGAUGAGUUUUCGACUCCUAAGCUGAAGAAAAAGAAACCCUCAACCAAGAAGCGCCCCUUGUUUUUGCAACAAGGGAAUGAUGCGAACGGGGCUUCUCCACCUCCGGUAAAAGCAGGGCAGAAAGGAACCAAAAGAAACAUGAAGAACGAAGUUUCUCCAUCCUUCCAGCAGCAGCCCGAGAGGUUGAGCUCAGAUUCGUUGCCUGACUCCUCCCCAUCUGGAAGCGGGUACCGUGCACUGAGGCUCAAGUAUUUGCUGCUGGAGGAAGAGAGCUUUGCUUUGGGGAGCGAUCUAAGAGCGGUUGAAGAUGAGGUCAAGACCCUUGAGGACGAGAAGAAUGCACUUUUGGACAAGCUUGUUGUGUUAGAAGGCCUCGUUGAUCCUUCGGAAUUGCAUUUAUCGUAGUUUAUCUCUCGAUAUCAUAACCGGUUUUUGUGGUUGAUUUGCACACUUGUAAAUUGUAAUGCUGUAUGAUCUCAAAGAUUAAAGAGUGGUGUUAAAUGUUAAACUUCUUUGGCAUACUUCGAUGUUCGAAAAGAUGAAUGAUAUAUGUUUACAACUGUCUGCCGGUA